UUCUCCAGCAGUCGUCGACUCGAAGUGAGAUUUGAUUCAAGUUUUAAUUUGUGAGUCUAUCGUUGGUCGUCAUUAUGCCGCCAAAAGUUAGUGGAAAAGCAGUAAAGAAGGCUGGCAAGGCGCAGAAAAAUAUCAAUAAGGCUGACAAGAAGAAGAAACGGAAAAGGAAGGAGAGCUACGCAAUCUACAUCUACAAAGUCUUGAAGCAAGUGCAUCCCGACACUGGUAUCUCGAGUAAAGCCAUGAGCAUUAUGAACAGUUUCGUUAACGACGUGUUCGAGCGCAUCGCUGCUGAAGCAUCUAGACUGGCCCAUUACAACAAACGUUCGACCAUCACUUCCAGAGAAAUUCAGACUGCGGUCAGGCUCUUGCUGCCUGGUGAAUUGGCUAAACACGCAGUUAGCGAAGGUACCAAGGCAGUAACCAAGUACACCAGCUCAAAAUAAGCGAAAAUAUAUUUUUCGCCACAACAAAAUCGGUCCUUCUCAGGGCCAACAAAUAUUCAUACGUUGGAACUACAUCCAUAAAUAACUAGUCAUAUUGUCAUUUAACUUUAUUUCUUGUCACUUCUCAUAAUAACUUACUAGGUAACAGUUAAAUAGAAGGUUUUUACAAUAUAUUUAUAAUACUUGCAGUUUGUAAUUUUGUAGAUUUACAAAAUCUAAUCGCUGAACAAAUUUUUGUUUAUUCUAAUUCUCGUAAAUUUGUUUUUCGUUACAGUGUAGUUACAUUGUUUCUGAAAUGGGUUCAACUAUACUUUAUAAAAUUUGGUUUAGAUACAUGGUGUUUCGUCAUAUAUUUUUAACAUUUUAUUCUGCAACUGAGAAUAAAAGGAAAUUCUAUACUGACUAAAUGUUUAAUUAUAUGGUUUUCAAGUUAUUGGUGAUUAAGUUUUUUUUCAAAAUUAUGACGAUUCGUUAAUGUUGCACAUAGAAUGUUAGUAUGAGUGCGAAUAGCUGGAAACUGUAUUUUUAAGAACUUGCAAAUGAAGUAGGGAUUUCAAUUUCGUCACUCUUGAAUUUCAUCUUAUUUCAGUUUAUCAAAACAUCUUCUAAAACAUGUAUCACUUGUUGAAUAUUUAAUACUAGUGCACAGUAAAAAUUAUCCCCCCUUCCCCGCCAGAAAACUUAGCACUAUCAAUAUUUACAGCAGACAGUAUUAUUUCAUAGAAUUAGUACAAAACGAUCUUUAAAAAGCUAUUCUAUAACACAUGUAGAUAAAACAUUUUUAUAAUCUUAUAAAAUAUUUACUUAAAAAAAGAUCAAUCACGUUAUAAUUCCGAUACAUGAUUGUUUUAUUAUGAAAUGAACAAACACUGUAUACAGUAUAGAAAAUAGAACAAAUGCGGUUCCCACCUAUUUACAUUUUGCGUUAUUUCUCAAAAAAGUUUCUUCAUACAGUUUACUUGUUUCGUUUUGUUUCAUUGAUUUAUACAAUUUCACAAAACAUUGCCCGUUCGACAGGAUGCCGCAAUAAUUUCUUUACAUACGGUUUAGAACGCUCUGAAUCGAUCUGAGCUCCGUUAUUAAUUUUUGUCCAUGAGGUUGAUUGUAGAGGGUAGUUAAGCAUUUCGAAAUUACAUCUUGGCAUUUGGUGAUGAUUUUUCGCCUGCAUUAACAAUGAUUAUUUAAUAAUCGAGUAAUGUUACUUGGUGUAAUCGAAUUAAGAAAUAGAUUACCUAAUGAAGUUAUUCGUUAUAUUAGAAUGAGUUAUGAAAUAAUUAACCAAAUUUGCUGUUGAUUGUAUUAAGUGAAAUUCGUUUCCUUCGUUUAACCAGGUUCGAGUGUCCUUUCCAAUCAUUCUAAAACAAUAGAAAAGUUGUAUAUAAGUUUUUGUAAUUGUCCUUAUUUUAAUUAAUUAAUAUAUAAUAAUAGUCAACUCUUACUUGUAAAUAUCUAAAAGAUCCUCCAUUGAAAUACCUAGUUGUAGGAAUCCAGAAAUAAUUCUAGCAUUCGAUACGUUUAAUUUACACGCUUUUAUUUCUAACUGCUUUAUCAGAAAGUCUAGAUAAAUAUAAACAUAGUUAUUUAUAUUUGUAUGAUCUGUGUCUUCUUUAAAAUUAAAUAAAAAUUAUCUCAUUACCAACUGGGAAACAAUGUGGUGAUCCAGAAUAUUCCUCACCAAGGGAUAUAAUUUUGCUCAUUAAAAUUGCCAUUUUGUCUUCUGCAGAGGAUGCAUUUUGUAAUUCUACAAAAUAGGUAAUGUAGCUGUACUAAUUUUUUUGUUAUCUAACAGAUUGAAAAUAAAUAUAAACAAUAUAAUACAAAUACCAUUGUUAAUAAUAUUAGUCCAAAUUUCCUGAAUCAACAUUGCAUCUUGAUGACCAGAGCAAUGAAUUAUGGCUAAUUUGCAUUCCCAUAAUUGCAGAGGGUCUGCAUAUUUUUCGUAAAGCUGCAAUCAUUAACGUAAAUUAUUAAUACACAGAAAAUUGGGGUCUAGUAGCGUUAUCCAAAAGUUCUGUCAGAUAUUAAAAUUUCACAGAAACAAUAUUUAUUAUUUUAUUAUUCUGCAUUAUAACAAUCUAUUACCAUUCCUCCUUAGUUGUUUUUUACCACUGUGGUCAUAAAAUUGUUGGUGAUUAAAUGUUGGUGAAAUUAAAAAGAAGAUAGAACUUUUCAUUAAAACCUAAUACAAGCAAAAUUAUGUUAUGAAUACUUUAACGUACCUUCGUAAUAUCGAGCAAUGAAUAUUUUAAUGCUCUAAACGUUUCUUCGCUCAGUCGAUCGCCCAAAUGUUGAUUGCAAACUGUGUCUAAUAUCUAUAAAAUAAUAUAAAUAUUAAUAUUCUUCUAAAUAAACUGCUUUUAAUAUAAUAUUAACAAAUUUUUACCUGUUGUUGUAUUCUGGCCACUUCUACUUUAUCUUCCAAUUCGCGCAAAAAUAUUCCAAGGUAUGAAGCGUAUCCAGCUUGAUCACUUCGCAUACAAACAACUGCACGAGCUAAGUACUCGACUCUUUGCGACAGUGGUAUAUUAGAUCUAUAUAAAGAAUAAGAUAUCUUAUACUGACAACAACAUUUUGUAUUUUGUAUGUAUUUUAUACUACAAAUAAUAUUCGACUAUUCAAGAAAUCGUCACUUUACUGUAUAUGAAAAAAUUCUUGCAAAAUACUUUUUUGAAUGGAAUCAAUUUUCUUCCUAUAAAGUGUCCGCAU